AUGGCGGCGGCCGGCGGGGCGCGGGGCCGCACCAGCUUCCAGCGCCGGGCCGGGGCCGGAGCCCGCCCGGCCGCCCUGCCGGGCACCCGGCCCGCGCUGCGACACGGGCAGCUGCUGCUCUCCAGCGGGCUGCCCUCCCUCGACUGUGUGCUAGGUGGAGGCGUAGCUGUUGGAACCCUUCUUCUCAUUGAGGAAGAUAAAUACGGCCUUUACUCCAAUUUGUUGUUCAAGUAUUUUCUGGCAGAGGGAAUUGUCUGUGGACAUGACCUGUUCGUUGCUUCUGCUAAAGAGCACCCUGACAACAUCUUGAAGGAACUUCCAGCCCCUUUGCUUGAUGAUACCUGUGGAAAGGAAUUGGGAGAUGAAGCAGCAGCUGUUGAGUCUGAGGAUUUUCAGGAUUCUAUGAAAAUAGCCUGGCGCUACCAAAAUUUACCAAAAAUGGAGGCCAGCCCAACGCCAUAUACAAAGUUUGGCCAUUAUUAUGAUAUUUCUAAGAAAAUGUCUCCAGAACUGACUCAGUCCAUAAAAUGGCACAGUUUUUACCUUCACGAAGAACUGUCUUCACAGCCUAAAAUGAAAACAUGUAAUAUGAAUGGUGCUUAUGUGAGACUGCUUCAGUCCCUUCAGAGGAUCAUUGCCCAGGGAGGGUUUGAUGGCUCAGAUCCCCAGAAAAAACAAAAGAAUGUUUUGAGGAUAGGAAUUCAGGGUCUGGGUUCCCCGUUGUGGGGUGAUGACAUUUGUUGCAGUGAUACUCCUGAAGAUGUUCAUAGCCUUACAAAAUUCCUUUAUGUUCUCCGUGGCCUCCUCAGGAAAUCUUUGUCAGCCUGCAUCAUCACAGUUCCAGCUCACCUUAUCCAGAAUAAAGCAAUUAUGGAACGUGUAACAAACUUGUCAGAUAUGGUAGUUGGUCUUGAAUCAUUUAUUGGCUCUGAGAGAGAAACCAAUCCAUUGUACAAGGAUUACCACGGUUUGGUUCAUGUACAUCAGAUUCCUCGGCUUAAUAGCUUGAUCUGUGAUGUGUCAGACACGAAGGACCUGGCUUUUAGAUUAAAAAGGAAGCUGUUCACCAUUGAGGGAAAGCAGACUGCAGCCAGGCUGGCUAGAGCAAUAAGGGGAAAGUGUGGAACACAAGGAGUGCACGCUCAUGUUGGAAGAAACCCACUGCAAACAUCCUCCAGGAGCCCGUGCAUCGUUCCCCAGCGUUCAAAAACACAUCUUAAGCCUAAUGUUUUGACUGAACAAUGGAGAGAGAAAAAUAAUGUGUCUGUCUUAGAAUACUUUUAAAACCAAAAUCUGAUUCCAUCUCUUGUUCUUUGUACAGUCAUCCAGAAUAGUUCAGUCUGUUUUCCAGUCAAAUUAACACUGAAGUAAUUAUGCAAGCGCGGCUUUGGUUUUAUGACUGACAGCAGUGGCUGGAUUUGGGAGCUUUUCUCCCCAGUUGGGCAAUAAAUUAAAUUUGAAUUUUGCCCUUUCUGAAUUAAGAUUUGAGAACCUGAAGAUGUAGUGGUAGCAUUUUGAGCGCAAAAUGGUAAUUUUUGCCUCUUACUCUGAGGUGAGCUGUGAAAAGCAAAGACUUAUUAGGAGGAGUUGUCAGCAUAAGUUUACACCUUUGAUCUCCAGUGAGGUUCUCAAGGUUUCUGGCAUUACAUUUCUUAUUUGAAAAAAUAUUCCAUUGUAUCUAUUGAGGUUCUCCAGGUUUCUGGCAUUACAUUUCUUAUUUGAAAAAAUAUUCCAUUAUAUCUAUUAAUAACACUCUUAGAAAAAUAACAUGUCAUGGUAACUGCCAAAUCAAAAAGAAAUAGAUGGAAAGUAAGAACAAUAAAAUAUUAGUAAAAAUAACAA